AUUUAUAUAUUCAUAUUAAUAACUAAUAUAUCGAAGUUUUUUUUUGACUAAAAAAAAAACUUUUAAAAAAAUCUUUAAGCAAUAUGUGUGACAACAACAACAACAACGUAGCGGCAAUUGUUAUGGACAACGGCUCCGGUAUUUCUACGACUGGUUUCGCUGGCAAUGACGCGCCCAGUGCUGUCUUUCCGACAAUUGUCGGCCGCCGACCCCGUGAACAGAGAGUAAUGAUAGGAGUAAUGAAUCCGAAGGACUUGUAUGUCGGCAAUGAGGCCCAGUCUCGUAGAGAUAUACUGGCCAUAAACUACCCGAUCGAACGGGGAUUGGUUACCAAUUGGGAUGACAUGGAAAAGAUAUGGUACCAUACCUUCAACAAUGAGCUCCAAGUGAAACCCGAAGACCAUCCGAUACUGUUGACUGAGUGUCCGCUGAAUCCGAAAGCUAAUCGCGAAAAAAUGGCCGAAAUUAUGUUCGAGACGUUUAGGACGCCUGCCCUGUAUGUGACCAUUCAGGCCGUCCUAUCGUUGUACGCUUUGGGACGUACAACCGGUAUUGUAGUGGACAUCGGUGACGGUGUCUCGCAAAUAUUACCCGUCUAUGACGGUUACGCACUGCCCUACGCUAUCCAACGACUCGAUUUGGCCGGACGUGACUUAACUGAUUAUCUCGUGAAUAUGUUGACCACCGAAAGAGGCUAUUCAUUGGCCACACGAGCGGAGCGAGACAUUGUUCGCGACAUCAAAGAAAAAUUGUGUUAUGUCGCCCAUGAUUUUGAACAAGAGAUGGCCACUAGAUCUUCAUCGACGACAUCAAUGGACAAGUCAUACGAGUUACCCGACGGACAGGUGAUCACUGUUGGCAGCGAACGAUUCCGUUGUCCCGAAGUCCUAUUCCAGCCAUCAUUGUUGGGUCGGCCGGAGUCGUCGUCGUCGUCCGGUAUUCCCGAGUCCUUAUAUAACUCGAUCAUGAAGUGUGACGUCGAUCUCCGUAAGGAAAUGUAUGUAAAUAUCAUACUAUCUGGUGGUACCACUAUGUUUACGGGAUUGGCUGACAGAAUGCAAAAAGAAAUGCAAUCAUUAGCCCAGUCGUCGUCGUCGUCAUCGUUGUCGUCGAUGAAUAUUAAGAUCAUAGCACCGCCUGAGCGCAAGUAUUCAGUUUGGAUCGGCGGUUCAAUAGUGGGCUCACUGUCCUGUUUCCAACAAAUGUGUAUCACUAACCAUGAAUACCAUGAAUCGGGUCCAUCGAUAGUCCACCGAAAACUCUAUUUCUAACUCUCUCUCUCUCUCUCUCUCUCUCUCUCUCUCUCUCUCUCUCUC